UCCCGACUGUGCAGAAGAGGAGGGGGCGUUCCCCAGACCAUGGCAUCCUCUGACGGGAAAAGGUUCUAGGACAAGGAUUCAAGCUCUUUUAGGUCAUUGGGAGGUGCAGGAAACACCAGCAGGGAAGUGGAGAAAUGGAUGAAUCAAGGCUGCCAGGAGAAGUGCCAACAACAUGCCGAAGCAAGUGGAGGUGCGCAUGCAGGACAGCCACCUGAGCUCAGAGGAGCCGAAGCACCGACACCUAGGACUGCGCUUGUGCGACAAGCUGGGGAAGAACCUCCUGCUCACCCUGACCGUGUUUGGUGUCAUCCUGGGGGCGGUAUGUGGAGGGCUUCUUCGCUUGGCCUCUCCCAUCCACCCUGACGUGGUUAUGUUGAUAGCCUUCCCUGGGGACAUACUCAUGAGGAUGCUGAAGAUGCUCAUUCUCCCUCUCAUCAUCUCCAGCCUGAUCACAGGGUUGUCAGGCCUGGAUGCCAAAGCCAGUGGUCGCUUAGGUACGAGAGCCAUGAUAUAUUAUAUGUCCACGACUGUGAUUGCUGCUGUGCUGGGGGUUAUCCUGGUCUUGGCCAUCCACCCUGGGAAUCCCAAACUCAAGAAACAGCUGGGACCUGGGAAGAAGAAUGAUGAAGUCUCUAGCCUGGAUGCCUUCUUGGAUCUUAUUCGAAAUCUCUUCCCAGAAAACCUGGUCCAAGCUUGUUUCCAACAGAUUCAAACAGUGACAAAGAAAGUCCUGGUGACCCCUCAUUCAGAAGAAGCCAAUGUCACCAGCGCCGUUGUCUCCGUGUUGAACGAGACUGUGACAGAGGCCCCUGAGGAAACUAAGAUGGUUCUCAAGAAGGGGCUGGAGUUCAAGGACGGGAUGAAUGUCUUAGGUCUGAUUGGGUUUUUCAUUGCCUUUGGCAUCGCUAUGGGGAAGAUGGGUGAGCAGGCCAAGCUAAUGGUGGAGUUCUUCAACAUUCUCAAUGAAAUUGUAAUGAAGUUAGUGAUCAUGAUCAUGUGGUACUCUCCCCUGGGUAUUGCCUGCCUCAUUUGUGGGAAGAUCAUUGCAAUCAAGGAUUUAGAAGUGGUUGCUAGGCAACUGGGGAUGUACAUGAUCACAGUGAUCGUGGGUCUCAUCAUCCAUGGGGGCAUCUUUCUCCCUUUGAUUUACUUCGUAGUGACCAGGAAGAACCCUUUCUCCUUUUUUGCUGGCAUUUUCCAAGCUUGGAUUACAGCCCUGGGCACUGCUUCCAGUGCUGGAACUUUGCCUGUCACCUUCCGUUGUCUGGAAGAAAAUCUGGGGAUUGACAAGCGCGUGACCAGAUUUGUCCUCCCAGUUGGAGCAACCAUUAAUAUGGAUGGCACAGCCCUGUAUGAAGCAGUGGCCGCCAUUUUUAUAGCCCAGAUGAAUGGUGUUGUCCUGGAUGGAGGUCAGAUUGUGACUGUAAGCCUCACAGCCACACUGGCAAGUGUUGGCGCUGCCAGUAUCCCCAGUGCUGGGUUGGUCACCAUGCUCCUAAUUCUGACAGCCGUGGGCCUGCCGACAGAGGACAUCAGCCUGCUGGUGGCUGUGGACUGGCUGCUGGACAGGAUGAGAACUUCAGUCAAUGUCGUGGGUGACUCUUUUGGGGCUGGGAUUGUCUAUCACCUCUCCAAGUCUGAGCUGGAUACCAUUGACUCCCAACACCGAGUGCAUGAAGACAUUGAAAUGACCAAGACUCAGUCCAUUUAUGACGACAUGAAGAAUCACAGGGAAAGCAACUCUAACCAGUGUGUCUAUGCUGCACACAACUCUGUCAUCGUAGAUGAGUGCAAGGUAACUCUGGCACCCAACGGAAAGUCAGCCGACUGCAGUGCUGAGGAAGAGCCUUGGAAACGGGAAAAAUAAGGAUAUGACUCUCAGCACGUUCUUGAAUAAACUCUCCAGCAUAUCGUAUGAUAAAAGAUGAUGUAAACAAGCUUUCUUGAAAAAAGAGAAAAAAAAAAGCAUCUAUUUCUGUGUUUACUUAAUCUGUUAGCUGAGGCUUAGAGGAGCUGUGGUGAGUCCGUGAUGACAGGCACAGUGCUGUGUCUUUGCCAAAUAACGCUUCAUAACUGGCUAAUUCUCUCACCCGUGGUAUUGUUUGAACGGAUGUGCUGGAGGAACCCCUUUGUAAUGAAGACAUGGCACGUUCUUGCCAGCUUUCCUUCUCUCUCAGUUCAGAACUGUGGAUGCUCCUUUCCCAAGUGACGUGACAAACGCAGCGUGGGAACUUGGGCCAGUGAGCAUUCACAGUGUGUUAGUCUUCAAAGUGCUCCUUUCUUGCCUUGUUACGCACAAGAGAUUCUUCUAAAAGCCUCUAGCAGUAACUCCUGUUCAGUGUCUUAUAGCCUCUGCACUUGUGCUGAUGACAAGCAAGUAUCUGUGUUAGGAAAUUCAUACAUCUUACCUUUUGGGUGCUCUUUGAGCUAAAUGUCUCAAAGAGAGUUUUAGUGGGAGCCAUACUCCGCUAGGCAGCUGAUUAUGGAACCUGCUGCCUCUCUGUCCCAUCCUAUCCAGUUUGUGUGAACAAUGGUCAAAAUUUCAAAAUAUGUGUCAUAAUUCUCUCUAAAUUUGACAUUGGGUUAGGAAAUGCUUUGCAUACAACCACCACAUAUACAUGUUAACAAAAUUAAGGAAGUGCAGAUGAUAUAAAUUUUAACCAGAUUUAACUAUCCAAAUUCAUUUGCAUUUUAUUUGUAUUCAUUUGCCCCAGUGAUAUCAAGUGAGAUUAUUUGAUUUAUAUUUUGCUCUCUGUUUCACCCAUAAGAUUCUCAUUUAGGUUACUAACAAAAAAGAUUCUUUGAAUCUCUGAAUGAUUUCCACUGUAUUCUCAUCCACCUAGAUGGCCUGAUCCUUUGUCCUCCACACAUGGAAGACAUUUGUGUUGUAUCUCUUUUCAUAUCAUACGUUGAAAAAACUGGUAUCUAACCAAUAUGUAGAAGGAUUUUUUUGUUAUAUCAAAGCACAUAAAACUAAUUACAGGAUGCGGUUGGAAGCAGGGCCACUCUUCCUCCUCAGUAGGAAAAGAACAGAAAACAAACAUGUACAAAAUCCUAUAAAGGUGAGGUCCCUUUGGUAUAGACCAGCCAGUCGUGGUCCAUGAAGUGAGAACAAAGGAUGGUGACACAACUUCCCAGGUGAAGUUUUUCAAGGCUAUGAAAGUUUGAAGGAAUAAAUAAUAUAAUUGGCACAGCAGAGGGCUUUGCAUGUGGAAGGCAGCCAGCAAAUCUUUAAUGAUUGGUUAUGCAAGCUAACGUUUUGUAUGUCUCUAUUACUUACUAUCUUCUAUUGAAUGACCCACAGUAUUUUCCGAAGCUUGCUGGGUUGGAAAAUUAGCUGGGGACUUGAGUCAUUGAGAGAUAAAGCACAACCAAUUCUAAGGAGUAAGUAGAACCUUAGUCCACACGUCUGUGUCUGUUUGGUGUCUCCCAUGAGGCCAGCAGAGGGAUGCAGAAGUAUUCAUAAAGAAGUAUAGAAUCCACAUUCUCUAAGGGUAAGGAGUGUUUGAGCGUCACCCAUCCUUUUUUACCUAAUCUUCAUAACUUCUGUCUUCCAACCCAGACAGCUUUGGAACAUACAAAGGAUGAGAUUCCAGUUGCUUUUUGCCUUUUAAACCCUAGGUAUUUUUGGAUAUAGAUUGCCACUGAGCAGUAUUAAGCAGAUUUUUAAAAAAUGACAUUGGUCUUUGUUUUCAUAAGAUGGACAGCUAAUAGAAUGGCUAAAGUCACACAUGCUCAAAUGUAGCAGAGGGGGAACAUAUCCUUUAUAGUAGACAUGUAGGCCAAAGGGAUAGUUCUUGGGUUUAGCUGUGAAACCCAGGGUUUCUCUGUAAGUGCCACUCUAAGAGCUUUUAUAUGGUGAGCAGAAAGAUCCAGACAAAGCAUCUAGGAGCUGCUUGCUUCUUUGCGGUAGAAGGCCAGCUUAGCACUUGUACACAUCAUCGUGUUUCUCAGAGGGGUGGUCAUCUUCUCAAGGAUCAUCUCAGGAUCAUCUUCUCUACUCUCUGUUUGAAAAUAUUUCUGGUUUCUUUUGUCUUCAGCUUUUUCCUAGCUAUGCUGCUAGCCUUUAAGUAUGUAAGGGAACAAUGUGUUCAAAAGAAAGAGAAUUCACAGCUUCACAAAGCAGCCUUUUCUGGCUUGAGACUGUAUACAAUAUCAAAUGAGAAUACAUUUAGGAAACCAUGUUUAUCUGGAAAUUCAAUAAAUUAUAUUAAAAUGAAAUGAUUUAUCAAAUUCAAGAAAAACUGAAAUAUCCACAAUGCGUGUAUAGCUGACAUAUGAAUAUGUCCUAUAAUGUUUUAGGCCUCAUUCAUUCUUCCAUGCCAUGCCCAAUGGGGAUUCUCUUGUCCAGAAUAUGUGCCAUAAACAGAACAAAUGGAUCCAGAGUAUACCUCUAAUAGCCUUGACCUAAAUGGGGCACCUGUCACCUAUAUGUAGAGAUUUAUGCUAAUGGACUUAUCCAGAUACAAAUGCUGAUAAUAGUCCAUUAAUAUUUGAUGAUGCGUAAAUGUUGUAUAUCUACAUAUAGAAACAGCAGGUCAGGUACAUGCACUGCAUCUGGUAGGGGCUAUAAAUCAGGACUUUGUCAAUACCAUUCUGUCCUAGGCUUAUUUUUUUAGGAAUUAGAAUCAUUUCCAGAGAAAACCAACUAAACAGAAAUUCAUCCUUCCCUUUCGCAUCCUUGCCCUUUUGGGAAACCCAAGUGGACUCGUCAUUUAAUUAUUUGCUACAAUUGAACAAAUCCAAUCCAGUCAGUGGGAAGAUAGCUUAUUUUUCAAACUAAUGUCUUAGCUUAGAUAUUUGAGGAUAUGUUCCCACCACACCCGCUAAAUAUGAAGUACAGCAGAGAAUCCAGGCAACCAUCUUGUUUAUGUAAACAGAUCUUCAGUGAAGGACUUAAGUGGCUUUAGGACCUUAGAUAGCUAUCAGAUCCCAUUUUUAACUUCUCACUGGGUAUUGAAACACAGCCUGUGGUUGCCUUGCUUGCUGAAGUUACCAUGCCUGUAAAAGACAAAUAUUUGUUUUUCCUCUCCAACCAUGAAUUAGCCCGGAUGUUCACAAAAACUUAAGGAAAAAGGUGCCAAAAUGCAUAGCUCCUGGAUUUAGACUUGUGGAAGCUGAGAAAGGCCAGAGAGAAAUUUAGUUCACAGAGAGAUUUCUGGUAGUUGAUGCCAGAAAUCCCAGUGAUGAGUUGAUUAGGUCUCAGGCCAUUUCCACUUGUGCAGGGAGAAAUGUUAUUUGCAAAUGUAUCUAGUCAAGAAGUUUUGCAGAGUUGCAUGGCUGGGAAGCUCAUCUUUUGGGUCCCCAAAAGGAAAAACAAUCCUGCCUACCAUGUUUAUCCAAAUAUCAUACUUUCUUUUUCUCUUAAUAGCAAAAAUAUAUUAUAAUUCUUACUUUUGUCAGAAUCAAGGCUUCAGCCUAUACAAUAUCUUCCCAGGAAAUA